AGGCAUUAGUGGAUUGAGUACCCUUGGAGAGUCAGUGCAAGGGCGCCGCAAUGACUGCCCGGCAUUGGUGAACGGAGGCGUCAACGCAGCAUUGCCCUCUGCUAGCCCCUUGGCUACCAAAAAAACACGACAACUUCUCUACUACUUGCCGCCUAACGCCCCCUGAAAGCAAUACCCGUGAACGCCAACUCGAUUCAACACUUUGCUCUAUGACCUAAUGCUGAGAUCUAGCGCGCGUGGUAGCCCUCUGACAAUCCUUGAUAGCUUCCCGUCAGCGUCAAUCUGGGCGAGGAUGUCAUGGCAACAACUGCUGUUGAGAGAAACGAGACUCACCAUAUAACCUGGCCGAUCGCCAUCCUUGCUCGCGAUCGCAUGAUACGCUAGGGGCCUUCAGAAUGUCCUCACAAGGCCAAGGAACCACUCAUCACCGCGGACGCCGACCUCGCGCUACAGAAACCAACAUUUCCGAGCGCUCAUCUGAGCAAUCGCGUGGUUCACGCCCUUGGAGGCGCAGAAGCUCUCCUGUCGGUUCUGACAGUGAUACCGCUGCCGAUCCGCAGGACGACGAAGCUGGUCCUAAUGCCCAUGUCUGGCGCGUGUAUCUGGAUGAGAGCGUCAGACUCGACGAAGACAUGCUUCAGGGUUAUCGGGAAUCGUUGGACGUGCACAUCAUCUUCGCUGCCUUAUUCUCGGCCGUCGUGACUGCUUUUGUCGUUCAGGCGACGCAGUCAUUACAGCCGAAUUAUGGGCGCAUUACCUCAACUCUUCUGCUUGAGCUCAUUGCGCUUCAGCGAGCGCGCUCUCCGAAUGACGUUCCCCCGGCAGAGAUAAGCCUAGACAACGCGAUCAGGAGUCGUAAGGAUAUUGCUGUCAACGCGCUCUUCUAUGCGAGCCUCGCGCUGUCUCUAUCCACGACUCUCGUCGCCGUCUUACUCAAGCAAUGGCUCAUGGAAUACAGUAAAGCGCCGCCGGGAAGUCCACGUGACCGUGCUCUCAUUCGCCAACUUCGUUAUAACGCUCUCAAUGCGUGGAGAGUACCUGACAUCGUGGAUAUCAUCCCUGCUCUACUUCAUGCUUCGCUUGGUCUUUUUCUCGUCGGCCUCGUCCUUUUCGUCUGUGGCCAGUCAGAACUCGUCUUCUACAUUGUGCUUCUGCUUACCUCCUUGACGUCUGCGUUCUACAUGUUCACGAGCAUCAUCUCUCUCGGCAUCUGGACAUGCCCAUACCGAACCUCCGCUAUCACGGCCAUUCGCAAGCUGCUCGGCAGUUCGUACCGACAACUGGAGACUGAAGCGAUCUGCCUUAAUCGAGCGCAGGGCAUGUCUGUGUCCCUAAUGCAUGACAGCCUUGUAUGGCUAUGGCAACACACCUUGAACACGGACGUUCAGUCCCUCGUGCUCAACACAUACUCUGGCAUCCCUGUCAUUGAUGACGCCUUCAAAGACGACGAGCUUCAUAAGACAAUGGCCUACGACCGUUACUCAGAACUGAGCGCCGCAGUCGGGCUUAAUGAAGCGCCCGUCCCUGAGGACCUCGACUGGGUCCAGGUCAAGCGUCUGGUGCACGCAGUAGACGUCCUUAGUCAUCAGUCGGCAUGGGAGGAUAACGGUCGCAUCUUAUCGCAUCUCAUUCGGCUGCGUGUUCGCCAGAGAAUGACGAUGCCAGUCUGGCUCAUCAGAGCUGCGACAAACGCGUUGCGUACCAACAUCCACCAAGUUCAGGACAAAAAUCUUGCGAGAUCCGCAUUCGUAUUCAGAGCAUCUGCUCAGUGGAACGUUGUCUUCAGAACGCUAAGGCUUCUCUGUCUCCUCUCGGACAAGCGCACAUAUGCUGCCAUGUCAGCGAGCGAUCUUGAUUCCUUCCUGCAGGACAACCCCAGUCUUCCCACCGUGACGCUUCCCUCAUGCUCGAUGGACGAUAGGCUCUCCAAACAGCUAGCCCUCUUAAGUUCCAUACUCUCCUUAUGCGACGAGACCUUUCACCAGAUCAGCUGCUCCCUGGCCGCCAUUGGGAUCCAGACCACCGACUUCUCGCGAACGCAGAAGGCGAGGACGGUGCUGUUGACGAUCUACAAUCAUGGGCUGUUUACCGUCAUAAACAACAUCCUCCCCGUGCUGAGCCUCGUGGACAAAUUCUCUCUCCACUUCCACAUACACGAGGUCGUGCACUCCUUUACGAAACUCUCACUGGACCUGGACGCUAACGGGACAGAUGUCCUCGAUCCCUUCCGCGAUAGAACGACCAUGACUUGCCUGAUCAAAUUAUGCAAUGAGCUGUGUGGCAUCGGCGGUCAUGAUCUCAAGGAACAGCAUAAAUCGUUCCUGAAGGAGCUGCGAAGACUUCGCCACCGCCUACCAGAGACCGCAUAUAGGCAGGCCUUCUCGGACUCCGCCCUUGCUGUCCAGGCAGGAAAUGCGUCGCGGAUUGGGGCGUCCAUAUGCGUGCAUCAAAUAUCGCAGUACAGAGCGUUACGGCGAUUUCAACUCGACGUAAUUCAAGGAGACGAUGACCCGAAACACACUUUGUACUGCUACGUGACGGUUCACUGGCUCGCUGCAAGAAAUAUCGCGCCUCUCAAAGUUGGCGGAGACCUUAUAUUCGGUCCAUACGCCAUUCCUUUCUCAUCCUUGGACGAUACGUAUCCCCGCGGGCGGGUGCAUGGCUCCCCCAGACAAUCAAUUCGUACAGGAGAUUGGCAAGCAGCUUGGAGGAUCGAAUCGCCGGAGCGAAAGUCAGAAAGCUCGCCAAACCAUGCUUCGGGACAAGGAGCCAGAGUCAACUGUCCGUCUGCACGAUAUGUACCGACACGGCGUCUUAUGAAUACGGUGACCGAUGAGGAGCUCGAGAUGGCAGAGAGAGGCCAAGCUGCACGGAGAGAAGUCACCCAUGCGGUCGGUAACUUGCGUUUCGUCUACAUGUAGUAAAGUCCGUAGUGCACUACACCAUAUUCACACUGUUUGCCUCCUGGAAUAGUAUUCGAAUCGCAGCAGUCGUAAUAUUCGUCUAGUUUAGUCGACACAUCUCGUAGCUACGCCAAGC